CGUAUCGAAUCKAUUCGUUUGUAUCGGUUGUAUUUUAACAUCGAUUUAAGCCGUUUUAACACAUUUUUUACUAAUUUUGGAGUAAUAGUGCCGAACGUCCGCAAUGGCCGAAGACCUGGACGUCGAGGCUAUGCUCGAAGCCCCGUUUAGAAAAGAUACGUGUGAGGUAUAUUUCGGGCUAACGACGCCUUCACGUAAACAACUCAGGUACUGAUUAUCCUAGUUUUAAGUCAUUGAUUACAGUUAGGGUGUUAAAUUUAAUGUAGGCCGGUCCUGUUGGCUAAAUAAUUGGAGGCCCCGUGAGCAGGGCAGUGCAUUUAUAUAUAUUUUUUUGUUAGUUUCUGCUCAGAUUGCAGUGUUACACCACCAGAGGCGCUGCACUUUGUAAAGGCGCGAAUUUUGAGUUAUUUAGCCAAUAGUUGCAAAUUUGUGAGAUUAGCUUGACGUGGUUCAUAUAAUUAUGAUGGUUUUUGUAUGUCGUGUUGCUGAUCGGUAAUUUCUCGCUAUAGGGCUGCUGAAAUGGACUUCCCGCAAUCACCGUCCUGACAACUACCAAUCAUCCGAUUGGUAAACGCCUCAUUUUAGUAUGACACAAAGGUGGACUUGUUGGAAUGUAAAAAAAAGUAUUGAUCUGGAUCAAGUUUUUCCGCCACGUUCCUUUGUUAAGUCUACACGACGGUAAGUCUAGUUCCGGCUAGACGACUGUUAAGUUUCAGCUCCGACAAUAAAAUGGCCACCAAACCCUUUGUUUUAGAUCUAUAGGCUUAUGAACUACUUAAGUAAUUCCUAUAAUCUAUUUUGACAAUUUUUACAAAUCUAACUGUUAUAAAUUGUAAAAAGAGUCAAAAUGGACCAAUAUUUUUUGUAAAACGUUAUUUAUAAAAAUGUAUGUUUUUCAAACAACUGGAAGAAGUCAAUGGCAAAAUCAAGGAAAAUGGAGAUUCACGGAAACACAGAAGCUCAGACAAAAAACGUCGCAGUUCAAGCAGGACCCGUCGCAGCCAAAGUCGGUCACGUGACAGACGUCGAAGUGGCGACAAGGAUCGGAAGAGGAGUAGGAGUCGUGAUCGUGUUCGAUCAAAAGAUCGUCCCGCUCGAGACCGCCGAUCACGAUCUAGAGAUCGGCGCUCACGUUCCAAAGACCGAAGAUCGCGCUCCAAAGAUAAAAGAAGUCGAUCGAGAGACAGAAGAGAUCGUCGGGGUCGAAGAAGUCGUAGUCGGGACCGCAGGCGAUCGCCUUCACCAGUCGCUAAACCUUUUGGUCGACGAAACCGAUCGCCGUUGGGUCUUCGGUCGAACUCGCCGGUUGAAGAACUCAGUCCUGAGGAAAGGGACGCCAGAACGGUUUUUGUUAUGCAGUUAUCACAAAGGAUACGCGCGAGAGAUUUAGAAGAGUUCUUCAGUUCGGUUGGAAAAGUUCGGGAUGUGCGGUUGAUUGUUUGUAAUAAGACUAGGAGGUUCAAAGGGAUUGCUUAUAUCGAGUUUAAGGAUCCGGAAAGUGUCACUUUGGCGUUAGGAUUGUCGGGUCAAAAAUUACUAGGUGUUCCAAUUAUUGUUCAGCAUACGCAAGCUGAGAAAAAUCGAAUGGGCAAUUCAAUGCCUAAUUUGAUGCCCAAAAAUAUGACAGGACCGAUGCGGUUAUACGUAGGGUCGCUACAUUUCAAUAUAACUGAAGAUAUGCUAAGGAGCAUAUUUGAGCCCUUUGGUAAAAUAGACAAUAUUCAGUUAAUUAUGGACCCAGAAACGGGGCGAUCAAAGGGUUACGGGUUUAUAGCGUUUCGCAAUUGCGAAGAUGCAAAGAAAGCUUUGGAACAAUUGAACGGGUUUGAAUUAGCAGGUAGACCUAUGAAAGUCGGAAAUGUUACAGAACGAUUAGAUUUGCAACAGCAAGGUCCUUCAAUACUCGAUUCUGAUGAGUUGGAUCGUUCGGGUAUAGAUUUAGGUGCAACGGGACGUUUGCAAUUGAUGUUUAAAUUGGCCGAGGGGGCUGGAAUGCAAGUACCACAAGCUGCAGCAAACGCUCUGAGUAUAGCUACUGGACAGCCAGUGGUACCACAAGUCCAAACGAAUUCAACGCCACCUAUUGCUACGCAAUGUUUUAUGUUGAGUAAUAUGUUUGAUCCGGCAACGGAGUCAACUCAGACUUGGGAUGUUGAGAUUAGAGAUGAUGUUAUAGAAGAGUGUAACAAACACGGUGGUGUGCUACACGUCUAUGUAGAUAAAGGGUCGCCGCAAGGAAAUGUUUAUGUUAAGUGCCCGUCUAUAGCCACGGCAGUGGCGUCAGUCAACUCGUUACAUGGACGUUGGUUUGCGGGACGGGUUAUCACAGCGGCGUAUGUGCCCCUAUUGAACUAUCAUUCUUUGUUUCCUGAUGCUAUGAAUGCAACGCAAUUGCUAUUGCCAUCCAGUAGAAAAUAAUUAUGUAUUUUUUAUUGUGUUGUAUCAUUAUUUGUAAUAAAAUUGCAUUGUGUAUGUAGACAUUUUGUAACCAUCACAACAAAGUGACUUAGGAUUAGGGAGAAAGGGUUAUUUUAAGUCAGACUUGAGAAUGAUUGUAUAGGUUAUUACGAUUUAUUUGUAAGAGAACGUGAGAAAUAAAAAGUGACUUGUUUAA